AUGCUAUCACGAAUCUUAUUAUGGAAUAGAAAUUCUUGCUCAUUGUCUUUUAUACCCAUGAGGGCUCCAACAAAAAAAAAGAGCAUACAAGAGAAAAAGAAAAAAGAAGCUAAUGAAAAUCAAGAAAACUUAAGUGAAACACGGUACUUGCCUUAUAUCCCACCCGCAUAUGUUGUUGAUACGGUAUCUUUUUUUAAAGACAAAAGUAAAGUUGAUAAUUUAUUGUCCCUAAUUUUCAGUCCAAAAAAUUCAACGGAUACUUAUGAAGAUAGAAAAGAAUAUCAGAAGAAGUUUGAAAUGUAUCAAAUUUUGAAGGAAAGAGAAGAAAAAAAAUAUGAAAAGCACUUAGAAAAAAUGAAAGAAAAAGUUUAUAAAUCAAUUGAGAAUUUACCAGAGGAGUUAUAUGAUGAGAGUAUUAAAAAAGGAGACUUAUUUGAUCAUAAGGAAAUUCAAUUUGGCUUGAAAUAUGAAAAUGAAUUAUUGAAACAUUUGAAUAUUUACAAAAAGAAGUUACUGCAUGUUUACAAAAUUUUACUUUACUUACGAUACCCAUUUUAUUUAAUAAAAAAAAAGAACCCCAUGUUAUUUUAUAUAAGUGAAAGUAAAGCCGUGAGCAGGCAAAAACAAAUUAAUGCACAAAAGAAAAAAUUGAAGAAAAAAUAA